UGCGCGGGCGCGGGCGCCGGAGCCGGGCCGUCGUACGAGGUGGAGGGGUCCUACGCGCGGCGGAGCUGCGUGGUGUACGACGGAGAGCGGCGCGCGGUGGCGGAGAUCAGGCCGAAGGAGGUUGUCGGGACUGAUGUUUUCCGGCUAGUGGUGCAGCCCGGAGUCGGCGUGUCGCUCGCCAUGGCCGUGGUGGUGGCGCUCGAGCAGAUGUUCGCCAGGCCGUCGCUGCUCAGGAGCUGGUCCACCGUAGAUUAGUUAAUUAUAAUUCGUUUGUUAUUACGUCUCGAUUUAGUCAAGCUAGCCUUUUUUUGCCCCUUGCGCUUAGUUUGGGGUUAGGUUGGAGUACAAAUUGUGAUGGCGAGAGUCGAUCGCUCGAUGUGUGUGGGCAUGAGAGCAAGCCGAUCUGUUCGAUGAUGCUCCCCAAAAUUAUGAGGUUUUUCUUGGCCAAUGGAGGCCUUGUCUCCCCCUACUGCGUUUC